GCGCUCGUGGCCCUUUUUUCACUCCGCAGCGACGGGAGCGCGCAUUGGAGCGCACACUCGCUGGAGAGGAAAAAGCGGACGAAGCUCUGGAACAGCGACUCACCGGGAAAAAUGAUGCCGACGCACUGUCAGGGUCUGCCAAAGCCAUGUGAACGGAACCCAGGACUCCAGUCUUUUUGAGCACAGAACUGCUUUGGAGGAAUUAAAGCUCCGAGAAGCAAGAGGAAACACGAAACUUUACAUUUGACAGGUGCAGAAAUGGCGUGCAGACUCUUGCUGCUCCUUGCCUUGUGGACUUGCGUGUUGGGCGCACUGCAGUGUUGUCCAGAGCAUUGCACCUGCCAGGAUAAAUAUUCUCAAUAUUUUGCAGACUGUGCUUACAAAAAUCUGCAGGAAGUACCUGUUGGCCUCCCCUCCAAUGUUACCACACUGAGCCUUUCAGCCAAUCAGAUCAAAUUGCUGAAAAGUAACAGCUUUGUCGACAUCCCUCAGGUCACCUCUGUCUGGCUGUCCCACAAUGAGAUUGUUACCAUAGAAAUGGGAACUUUGGCCCCCCUGAUACAUCUUCGGAACCUGGACAUCAGCAACAAUAAGAUUGUGCAUUUUCCGUGGCAAGAUCUGCAGAACCUCACAACGCUCCAGCUGCUGAAGAUGAACAACAAUGAGAUGGUGAACCUUCCAAAGGAUGCCUUUUCCACUCUCACAGAUCUGAGGUCGCUUCGCAUCAAUAACAACAAGUUUACCACCAUCGUGGAGGGGACCUUUAAUGCACUGUCCUCUAUGUCCCAUCUUCAGAUUCAUAGCAACCCGUUCACUUGCUCCUGCAACUUGGAGUGGCUGAGAGACUGGAUCUUAACGACCAAAAUUUCUGUCCCAGAGUUGAACACGGUUUCAUGUGAGACCCCAGAGCAUCUGAAGGGUGUGAUGGUAACAAAGAUCCCUAAGCUCACAUGUGAAGCCCCUACUCUUACCAUAACCUACCAACCAGACAUAGAAAACACACAGCUAUAUGAAGGAGCCUCUGUCAUCCUGAACUGUGAGACAAAAGGGAGCCCCAGCCCGCAGGUCAGCUGGGAAGUGACGGCAGGAAAUCAAAAUCUUUUGUUCUCUUUGCCUUCCAUGGAAAAAAAGAGCGAUUUACCUGUGAAUGAUAAAACAACCAGCAGCAGGAUGCUGGUAUUCAGGAAUGGCACUCUCAUCAUCCCUCACCUAAGCAAAAAGGAGGAUGGAAAAUACAGCUGCAUUGCAGUGAAUGAGCUGGGUACAGCAGAGAGUAGCGUUAAAGUGGCUGUGACACCACACAAACAAGGCGGUAAAUCAAUCCCAGAGUCCACAGUGGACAAGAUCCGCCCAUCAGACACAAAGCCUGCAGACCCCAUCAUUUCCAAAAACAAUGUGCUUAAAUGGAAAACGCAGGAUGAAGAAACAAAAGCGACUCCAGAUGUUUCAAGUAAAACUGAACACACGGAGAAGGCUGGAGGAGUUUCCAAAGACCCCAAGUUUGCAAGCAAAUGUGGUGUCAGGGAGAGCAGCGAAUACAUCUCAAACCACGCAUUCAACCUGACUCUGGAAGACCUGAAGCAGUACACCUUUGAUUUUGGGGUUAUUGCACUGGAAGUGUCGGAGACAGAGGCCAAAGUGCAGCUCAAUCCUCUUCAGCUUCCCAGCAGCAAAUCAAACCUCCACAUAAGCCAAAGUGAAAACCAGGGGAUGGUGAACAAAGAGCCUGCAGGUCUGUUACAGUCCUCCUCCAGCAAGGCCACACUAGACAUGCUCUAUCUCUGCAUAAACACAGGAAAUGGACACUCAAUUGUUCAGUGGUCCACAAUAGAGGAGGGGGUGAAUUCCUACCACUUUCAUGGUUUACAGCCUGGUACCAAUUACACCCUUUGUCUCACUUAUGGGGGGCAGGACUGCCAAGUCCAAGUCGUCUUCACAACCAGGAAAAAACUCCCCUCCCUCCUUAUUAUUGUUGUUGUCAGUAUUUUCCUAUUGGGUCUGGCCACUGUUCCCUUGCUGGGAGCCACCUGCUGUCACCUCUUAUACAAGUACCAAGGUAAGACCUACAAGUUCAUCAUGAAAGCUCAGAAUGUGGAUCAGAUUGAGAAACAGAUGACAAGAGACUUUGACCCCAGAGCGUCUUUUGUGGAGUCUGAGAAAACCCUGGACCUGAGCGAGGCAGGGGAGGGGGACGGAGAGGCCGAGGGGGAGGAAGGAGACGGGGAGGGGGAGGCUGAGGGCAGCGUGGUGACCGAGUCCAUCCCCGGAUCCUCAUCCAAAACCAACCAAGAGGAGUUUGAGAUGGGCUCAGAGUACAGUGACAGAUUACCGCUCGGCGCGGAGGCUGUUAACAUCUCGGAGGAAAUCAACGGCAACUACAAGGAGUCCGGCCGCUGAGCUCCGCGGAUCCCUGCCGCUUUCAUGUAUUAUAGUUUCCUUCUAAAUAACAUUCUUUUAUUCAGGUAGCUAUGUGCAUUAAUACUUAAAAAUAUCCAAAAAAUAUAUUAAAAAAGGAGUGGAUCUUAAUUUCUGUUUACCUCAGAGAGCCAGUCUUUGGUCCCUGCGAUCUGAAUUUGUGUUGCAGUCGUGGUCAGCUGCGGGAUUUAAGAUCAGACCUAAAGCCUUUCCAUUAAAGCACAAGUUUACAGCUACUGUUUAUCACGCUUCGAAACCGACAGGAGUACAGCGCAAUGAUCAGACUUAGUGAGCCAGACGCACGAGCGGGCGCGCAAUUUACGCAAACGCCAAGGCGCGAGGAGUUCAAAGAAAAAAAGCUAAAAAAAAUGUAUGACAACAAUUUCAUUUUUUUUUACUGUAGAAUGCACG